ACUUCCGGCGGGUGUCCCCGUGGCGGUGCGGCUCGGAGGGAAGAGGGUGACGGGCGGCGCCAUGAUUAAGAAGUUUGACAAGAAGGACGAGGAGUCCGGUAGUGGCUCUAAUCCUUUCCAGCAUUUGGAGAAGAGUGCUGUGCUGCAGGAGGCUCGUAUCUUUAACGAGACCCCUAUAAAUCCACGAAGAUGUCUGCACAUCCUUACCAAAAUCCUUUACUUGCUGAACCAGGGUGAACACUUUGGAACCACUGAAGCCACAGAAGCUUUUUUUGCAAUGACCAGAUUAUUUCAAUCCAAUGAUCAAACCCUUAGAAGAAUGUGUUACUUUACCAUCAAAGAGAUGGCCAAUAUUUCUGAGGACGUCAUCAUAGUCACAAGCAGGUAG